AUGGAUUGGGGCCCACUAAACGAGCCAUCAUAUUCUGAUGAGGAAAUGUCAGUUCCGGUGGAAGGAAUGGCGACAGCUCAUGGCAGUGUUCGAAGUAGGAAUAGAGCAGAGCAAGUGAAUUUGCAAGUUCUAGACAACCAGGAAGACCUGCCAAUAGUCGUCUCUAAACAGCCACCUCCUGCACUUCUUCCACCAGGACAGCGGUGGAUUCAGAUCCACCCAUCAUCAAAUGAAGGUCCUCUGCCUGAGAGAAUCACAAAAGAUGUCAAACUUCCCCCUUAUUGGCCUUUCAAGACGUACUUUGACUUUGAGCAAGCCGAGUUAUUUCUGAAAGGCCACGCAUCACUGGAUCAGAUGGAUGCCCAGCUCAAGCUUAACUGGAAAGGCCAAAAAGGGCAAGGACCUCAAACCGUACGCUCUGCCAAGGAGUUACUUGCAAUCUGGGAUCAAGCAAUUCAGCUGGAUGGCCAACAGUUCAAACGACAUCAUAUCGAGGUUCAGAUGAAGGGGAAGUCUUUCGACUUUUCGUUCUACACCCGUGACAUUCUCAAAGCAAUCAGAGACUUGGUCUCUAACCCCUUACUUGAGGAUGCUUUCAACUUUCGGCCUGAGCGACACUAUGUAUGUCGUGACGAUGGUGGAGGUAAUGAUAGAGUCUGGGAGGAGUAUAUACAUGGGGACGACUUCUGGGAAAUCCAAACUGCAGUUGCAGCAAAACUGGGCAAUUCAGCUCACCCACUCGUUAUUUCACUCUACAUGGAUGAAACUCAGCUCACCAACUUUGGAUCCAACACUUUGUGGCCCGUGUAUUUCUGGAUUGCCAACAUACCGACCAGUAUGCGUCGCUCAUUUGGUCCAGGUUCCGCUAAAUUACUUGGAUACUUGCCCAAGGUUCACUCGAACCAGGGCGUUCGAGCAGCUGAUAUUGCUCAUCUUCGGAAUCUUGUAUUCCACGAGUGCUUUCGAGUAAUCCUGCAACCACUUUCCGACCUCUCACGUUUUGGAGGAGUUUUUAGGACUGGUAAUGGUAGCCACCUGCAGCUGGUGCCAAUUAUUGGUCUCCGGCUUGGAGAUUACCCCGAGAUGUGUCGCAUGGCAAGCAUAAUCUCUGAUGGUGCGGCAGCAUGUCCCAUGGGGACAACGCCUACCAACGAGUUCACCCAAACUACCAUUGUCUGUCCACCUCGCGAUCAUGCGAGUGAAGUCAAGGCAGUUAGGAAUGAGGUGGGAACAUCAAGUUCCUUUGACCCAGACAUGCCGUCGACAAAAUCAUAUGGUAUUCGAGCGGUCGAGAGUGGUUUUGCUCCAGCCAUAAAUACCUUCUUUCCGGGAUGCAGAACUUUUGGGCUUGACACCCUUCACUGGGAGAGCCAAGGCGAAUAUGGACGAACAUGGCUACCAGAGCUACUCAACCAGCUCACUGAUAAACUCAAGGCGGCUCUUAAUUAUCAAUUCCAAAAAACACCUCAAUACCCUGACUUGAUACACUUUGCUCAAGGCAUAACCUCACUACAAUGGCGAUCUGGAUCAGAUCACCGUGCUAUCUCGAAGUUAAUUGUUCCCAUCUUAGACAUGAUUUUACCUCGAGAUAUUGAAAACCGAAUCGAGAUUCUCCAACUAUUCCGAACACUUGGCGAACGUUCGCUUAUACUUCACUUUCCUAUCCACACCUCGACCACAUUGGAGCUACUCAGAGAGGUGCUGGAAAGUGCCGCAGAACGAGAGAAGCCACUGGCUAUCAAUUGGAAAGUCAGUUUACGCCGACCCAAGCACCACAUGGUAUUCAGCCAUGCAAUUCCAUCGAUUAUUGCAAAAGGGCCAAGCUCUGUAACCGACACUGGAACUGGUGAAGCAUGUCACCGGAUCUCAAAGGGGGAUUAUAAGAACACGAACCACCAAACAGACUCUUUUCAGCAACAGCUACUGGAUCGUGUUCUCCGAAGGGAGGCACUUGUCAAGAUUCGUGAGAGAGUCGAAGAACAAGCAAGGGAUGAAUCUGAUGACGAAUCAAAUGAAACCAACGAGGUGUCCAAUUUUCGCCUUGGUUCUACUGGUCGCCUUGAGAACUUGGCCAGCCAGCUUGGCGUCCUCUCGACGCUACUCCAACCCGUCGAGUGGCAUGUACUUUAUACACAGCUCCAGCAGGAGCUGAGUCAAUACCUCUAUCUUGGAAUCCCUUCGCUUCAAGUUCAUGGAGUCAGAGUUCCUCGUCAAGAGCAUCUUCCUGACAUUGCGGGCCUCGAAGGCAAAGUGUCGAAACUUGUGAGGAUCAACUCGAAACCGACAUUCUGCGAAGCAACUCUGACUGGCGCAAGAAAGGCGCCAGAUAUGAUUUUGGCCUAA